AUGGAGCCCUGGCAGUCGUGGGCAGUCGCCCUCAUCGGUGCUGCCGCCGUCUACUACUAUUACUUCCAGCACGGCAAGCCCGUCGCCAACAGAACUCGCUCCGCCUCAGUCUCGGACUUUGUCGCUCCUCAACCCAAAGCUGCCCGCCGACGAGACUCGACCAAGCCAAAGCCAAAGUCCGAAGCCACCAAAGCUACUGGCGUUACUCUCCCCGAGUUGAGCGUCCAGAGCGGUGAUGAUAGCACCGCCGCCAAGGUUUCGGAUGGCUCCAAGAAGCGCAAGGCUGGCAAGAAGCAGACCACCACACCUGCUCCCGCUCUCACACCUGCUCCCGCACCCAAGCGCCAGGAGCUCGACGAUGAUAUCGCUCAAGAGGAAGAUAACAAGGCCUGGGCUCAACAACUCGCCAGCCUCAAGAAGGGUACCAGCCUUGCCCCUCCUGCUCGCACCGACUCGCGCAACAGAACAGUGAAGCAGUCCUCCAAGACCUUCUCCUCUGCCUCUUCCAAUGCUGCCGAUGCUGAUGACGACUUCACCCCUUCCAUGUCUCCCACUUUGGCCGCUGGCGAUGUUUCAGACAUGCUCGAGCCUGCCACUGCUGGCCCCUCUGUCCUCCGCCUCACUGGAUCUGACAAGCCUACCAAGGCUAACCAGCCUCGCCAAACCCAAGCUCAAGAGCAAGAGACGAAGAAGCAGAGACAGAACCGCAAGAAGGUCGAGGAACGCAAGCUUCAAAGAGAGGCCGAUGAGAAGGAACGCCAGGUUCUGCUCGAGAACCAACGCCGUACUGCCCGUGAAGCCCGUGGAGAGCCUGCAAAGAACGGCAUUCCUGUUUCCAAGCCUCCCACCAGCAGCGCAUGGGCUGCUGAUGUUGCCAACCGCGUCACUCAAGCUCCCGCUGUGGCCGUCACUGGCGAGAGCGCUCCCCUUCUCGACACUUUCGAGCAGAGUACCAACAACGGAGCCUUUGAGGAAGACCAGCUGAGACUCGCCAAGCAGAUCAGCCAAGACGACUCGGGAUGGAACACUGUGCCCAAGGGCAAGAAGCAGCAGAAAAAGAAGGCUCCCAUCCGCACCUGCCCCCAAGGCUGCAGUUGCCUCGACCAACGGAUUCUCAUCUCUUUACGACUCUGGUUACGACGCAGGUAG